AUGCUGCUGCUCGAAUUCAAAAGAUCGAACAUCACAAAGACGUGGAAGCUUGAUGCGAAUUCACCCUUCAAGGAAGUGGAUAUGAUUGAAAUUUUAGAAAGAUGGAGUCCCCUUGCGCGCUCCAGUCGCGGAAACCAUUUUUUGACGAUGGUGGAGUUUCUGAGAUUUUAUCUUCGCCAUGCUUGCGAGCCACCUCAUGAAAUACAACAUUUCGCUUGCCGCCAGUUUGGAAGGCAAGGUCGAAAUCCUCAUCUGCUUGACUUCCCAAAACCCAUGAUAGUUUUCCUGACCAACUUCGUAUUAGACGCUUUUGGCUUGUUCGCAGAUGAACUUCUUCUAAGUGCCUAUGAAUGCGCAACAUAUGCUAACAGUUACUGGCGUACCCUAGAAGAGAAUGAUGAUGAACGCGCGAAGAGGUUUGAUAGCAUGGUGAAAGCCAAAAUCACUUGGAAAGAAAUUGUUCGUACAGCGAUUGGAAGAGCAUUAUAG